CGCACUUGUCUGGUCUGCGAUGAGUCGAAAUUACUCAUCAGAUUCCCAACUCCUUUUCAAUUGCCCCCUCACGAACAUGGGUACGACAUCUGUCGUGAGUGUUUUGCCAAUCAUCUUGAGGUAGAGAUCUACAACAAGAUGUGGGAUCAGAUAUCUUGCCCCCAGUGCCCUGUCGUCUUGCAGAGAGAGGACAUCAACAUCCUCGCAACCCCUGAGACAUGGUCAAAGUACGAGCAUUUCGCUUCCAGAGCAGCUUUGUCCAAGAACCCAAAUUACAGAGAUUGCUUCUCGGCGACCUGCAACUCUGGCCAGAUUCAUGAAGCGGGACUGGUCUUUUCGUGUCAGACUUGUGGUCACAGACACUGCACAGUCUGCGAGGUCAACUGGCAUGAAAAUGAGACGUGCGAGGAGUAUCAAACCCGCAGUACAGCACAAAAGCAACAAGAAGCAGACUCGGAAGCAGAGAUCCAAGCAAUCUCAAAGUCUUGCCCUAGUUGCAACACAAGAAUCGAGAAAGGCGAUGGAUGUGACCACAUGAGUUGUUCUCGCUGUCAGCACCAAUUCUGUUGGGAGUGUUUGGCAGACUUUAUACCCAUCGCUCGGCACGGUCUUCAUCGCCAUGAGGCUAGCUGCCACAACUACCGCCCGGAAGGC